AUGGCUACAGACUCGCCCUCUCCGCGCGCGACUCUCCCUCCCCCGAUCCCUCGCAAGCAUCCUUCCCGCCAGUCCAUCUCACACUCAAACUCAGUGUCCCCGGCUUCCGAACGCUCGCGUAGGCCCUUCCCAGACUUAUCGUCGUCUGGAGGUUCUGUCGGAUCGUCGUCCGAGUAUGGCAGCAGCAGCAACCACGGCAACUCUACGCGCCAGUCUGAUCAGUAUGACAAUGACCACUCACAUCUGCGCGCGUCGCCUUCGGGCCUGAUCGCCCCAUCACCGACACACAACGCCACAUAUUCCUCUUCAAGGGGCCCCCUCAGCACGGGCUCUGUCAGCGGCGGUAUGGCCGCGAAUGUUGUUGGGCUCGGGUCGACUCGCGUCAUGGACUUCAAGGACUGGGUCAAGGCUGGACGCGAGAGCCGAGACGAGACUUCUCCCAAACAGAACGGAGACACCGCCCACAAGUCUGAGCACCAUCGCCAUCAACACUCGCCCGCGACCAACACGCCUCCACCUCGCCCCCGCGCGAGCUUAGACGUCAACAGCUCAUCAUCCAUCCCAUCAUCCCACUCCAUCGCCCAUUCCAUGUCCUCCAUCAGCAUCGACUCGUCUCGAAGUCCGGAGAUUGAGAGCAUUCGCUCCCCGCUCGAGCGGUCGACGGACAGACGCGAAACGCCCCCAUUGGAUUCGAGCACAUCCACUGCGCGUCGGCUGUCGUACGAACUCGGACGGCACGUCAACGGAUCCUCAUCAAACGGAACGUCUCGCCGCCUGAACUCGCUCUCGCCGAACCAUGAUGGAUACUCGUCGCCGAGGGACAACCCCAACUCUCCGCUGGAGCGUCGGUUCUCACGUCGGUUGGCAAUGCCGAUGGGACGCGAAACAUCAAGCGGCACGGUCGGCACCGUCACGGAAGAGGAGGAGCUGUUAGAAGGACACAGUGACCACCGAACUGUCAGGAGACAGCAGGCUGGCGGCGCUGGAGCGGAAGGACCAGGGCCCUCGCUCGACGAGCGAAUCCGGCAGGCAGAGGAGAAGCUGUCGCGUCGACAAUCCGCGAACAGCAAUAGGUUGUCUGGCGUGUCUGGGACUGUGGUGGCGACACCCCCAUCAGGGCGAGUCACCCCCCUCAGAAGAUUCGGUCACGGAUCUCGCGCGAGCCUUUCUUCUCGCGCCCCAAUGUCACCGACACAGAUUUCCGGUGGACGCCCGAACGGACACGGCGCAUACGACGCUCGAGAGCUGGAUGUGGAGCCCGAGUACGAGCGUGACAGAGACAACAGCAGCUCCGGUGGUUCCCGCAACCUCGGCAAGGUGCGGCCGUCACUGCCCACGGACUUCCAGAAUGGACGCAUGCUCUCACCAUCCCCAAAGCCUGGUGACGGACGUGACGGUCCCACGCUAAGGAGACCACUCCGGUUUAGCACGAUCGAUACGCAGCAACCGCCAGGACGGCACCCAUACGAUCUCGAGUCGCCCAGCGCACAGUCGUUUGCGACUGCACGGCCCGCAAGCGGGAUGGGUCAUCGCGACUCACCGUGGCUUCGGGAUCGACGGGAAGCGCGCGAGGAGCUGCUGCAAGAUUUCGACUCGCCGCGCCGCGAACAAACGCACGGCCGCGCCGGCAGCGUGCUCGAGACCGCGUCCGACCGGUACCGAUAUGGCCUCAGCGGGUCGCAAUCCCACUAUCGCCUCAGCCACAUUGCUAGCAGCAACGACAUUGGCUCUCACGGCUCGCAUGCCACCCCGGCCUCGCGGCGGAUCAGCGCGCUUCUCGACCGCAACCGCGACUACAGCAGUCAGCGGGACCUGGCAUCGAUCGCCGCCGGCGACACGUCGACGAUCUCUCGGCAUUCCCGGGAUUACGCGCGGGACUCGCGAGACUUGCGCGAGUUUGGCAGCUCGCGCGCCCUUGGACCGAGCGACUCUGUCUCUGCAGUCGGUUCUCGGGAGGGAGAGCCAGGACGCAAGGAUCCACUCGAGGUUCUACGCCGACUCGAGGAGACUCGCAGCCUGCACAACCGACGUUGGGAGGAGGACCGCGCCGCCUCAGUCCUGGGCGACCAUCGCGACCGGUCUGCUAGCGCGCUCGGUGAUUCGACGGGAAGCGGGGGUGCGUACCGCUCAGCGUCUGUUAUGGGCGACUCGGCCGGAGGACGCUACCCUUACCGCGCGCCAUCGCGGCUCGACGAUGCCAGCGGACGUGCGGGCUCGCGAUUGUCCGGCACGUACCGUGUCACCCCGCGAUCGGCCACGAGCACCGGCAACUACUACGAGACGCCACGGACAGCGCCUGCUCUGCGCCGCUUCCCGGUCGAGGAUCCGCUCGACAGCCCUCUGCACGGACGGGGUGGCCCGCCUAGUGUGCUGCACCCCGUGUCCGAGCCGCGCCCCCGACGGAGCCAGACGUCGUUCGGCUCGCGCGUUUCGGGAGCCUCCUUUAGCUCUGGCGCCGAGACCGAUCAUGGACGUAAUCUGGUGGAUGCGGCCCGCGUGCUCGCCAAGGGCGACAACAACGUCAGCGCGGCGACGAUCGCAAAACUCGGAGCCGUCGCCGACGUGAUGGAGCGCGCGAACACGGGUGUGCGUGCUGCUGCCGCGAUUGCGGGCGAGCUCGCGCUGGAUCUCGACACGGACUCGAACGCCACGGUGCGCGAUCGCCUGCCCCGACUGCAGAUCACGCUGCGCGAGGCAGGCCGGGCUAGCGACCAGGCCGUCCGCGACCUGACGGAGGCUCUGCUCGGUCUCCGUAGUGGGAGCGGUGCCGCGGGUGCCGGCGGAGCCGGAACACCAGCGCAGACGCCGGCGCGAAAGGAGUAUGGGCACCGGCGUGUAUUCUCGACAGCGUCAACAGCCAGCUCGCCCGCCGUGCGCCCACCGCGCAGCGAGAGCAUCUCGUCGCUCGCCUCAUUAGCUCGUGAGCGGGGCACGCCCCCGCGCGGCGGGCUGGAGGCGAUCGAGCAGUCACCCCCAAAACCGCCGAGCAAGCGCGCCUCGCUCGAUUUGCACAAGGUGCAAGCCGCGCCGAACGUGGACGGUCCCCCGUCUCCGGCCCCAACAGACCCAGACUCUAAGGAAGUCCUAUCCUCGUCUCGCUCCCCGCCCCGCUCCGGCUUCCCCGAGGGCGCGGAGCGUGUGCUGCGGAAACAGGCCAGCACGCUGUCAACACACACGGUGCGCCAGCGGCCCCUCUCCUUUGCGCCCGCGCACGCGCCCGAGCCCACGACGGCCGUUAGUGCCACCGUCGCGUCGCCGAAUAGCAAGGACCGGAGCGCACAACCGGCAACGCGCCGCGACAGUGUGCUAAGCGUGAGCUCGAUUCUGAGCGAGGACGCGCGCGGCGCCGACCUCCAGCGCAAAGGCACGUUCGGGGCUAUGGACGCGGUGAAGGUCAGUGGGAAGCGGGAGAGCGUCAGCGAGCGGUUCCGGAAACACCUUAGUGGCGAGUAG